AUGUCCUCUGUUGGUGUCCCAAUUAAAGUUCUCCAUGACGCAGAAGGGCAUGUAGUAACGUUGGAAACCGUUACUGGGGAAGUAUUUCGUGGUAAACUUGUCGAAGCGGAAGAUAAUAUGAAUGUUCACAUGCAGGAUAUUAUGAUGACUGCGAAGGAUUCAAAAACCUCUAGCCUUCAAAACGUGUAUAUAAGAGGCAGCAAAAUUAGAUUUCUAAUUUUGCCAGAUAUGUUGAAGAAUUCGCCAAUGCUAAAAAGACCUCCGGGUGCUAAAGGACUUGGAACUGGAAGAGGAAAAACAAAUAUUAAUCGCGGGAUAACGCAUUCGCGUGCUCGUCCCUAUCGCGGAGGUCCUUCUAUUCGUCGUUAA